GGAAUGGACAGCCCCCAGGACACGGUCCCCCCAGGCCGAAGGAGCCGCUGCCCUGCCCUCCGCAGGCUGGUCCCUGUUGGCUUUGGAGCUGAGGCACGGACGAUCUUCAUCCUUUCUGGACCCCUGUUCCUCUUCCAGAUGCUGAACUUCAUGGUCUAUGUCGUGAGCACGGUGUUCUGCGGACACCUGGGCACGGUGGAGCUGGCGGCAGUGACCCUCUCAGUGGCCUUUGUCAAUGUCUGUGGAGUUUCCAUUGGGUUUGGCUUGUCUUCGGCCUGUGAUACCUUGAUGUCCCAGAGCUUCGGCAGCCCCAACAAGAAGCACGUGGGCGUCAUCCUGCAGCGGGGCAUGCUGGUGCUGCUGCUUUGCUGUCUGCCCUGCUGGGCGCUCUUCCUCAACACCCAGCUCAUCCUGCUGUUAUGCAGGCAGGACCCGGCCGUGUCCAGGCUGGCUCAGGAGUAUGUGCAGGUCUACAUCCCAGGCCUGCCGGCAAAUUUUCUCUACAGCCUGCAGGCCAAGUACUUGCAGAAUCAGGGCAUCGUUUGGCCCCAAGUCUUCAGUGGCGUCGUGGGCAACUGCGUCAACGGCCUGGCCAACUAUGUCCUGGUUUCUGUGCUGGGCCAGGGGGUCAGGGGCUCCGCAUUCGCCAACACCGUCUCCCAGUUCACGCAGGCUAUCUUCCUCCUGUUCUACAUUGUGCUGAAGAAGCUGCAUCUGGAGACAUGGGCAGGCUGGUCCUGGGAGUGCCUGCAGGACUGGGGCCCCUUCUUCCGCUUGGCCGUCCCCAGCAUGCUGAUGCUGUGCAUCGAGUGGUGGGCCUACGAGAUCGGGAGCUUCCUUGUGGGCCUGCUCAGCGUGCGCGACCUAUCUGCCCAAGCGGUCAUCUACGAGGUGGCCACCGUCAUCUACAUGAUCCCCAUGGGGCUCAGCAUCGCGGUCUGUGUCCGAGUGGGGACAGCCCUGGGAGCCGCAGACACCGUGCAAGCCAAGCGAUCAGCCAUCUCAGGCACCCUCUGCACAGUGGGAACCUCGCUGGUUGUGGGCGUCCUAUUGAGCCUCCUGAGAAACAAGCUGGGCCACAUCUUCACCAAUGAUGAGGAAGUCGUUGGCCUGGUCAACAAGGUCCUGCCGCUGUACAUCUUCUUCCAGCUGUUUGAUGCCCUCUGUUGUCUCUACGCUGGGGUCCUGCGUGGGACCGGCAGGCAGGCCUUCGGGGCUGUGGUGAACGCUGUUAUGUACUACGCCAUCGGCCUCCCGCUGGGUGUCGUGCUGACCUUCCUGGUCGGGAUGGGGGUCAUGGGCCUCUGGCUGGGCAUGCUGGUCUGUGUCAUGCUGGCCACCGCUGCCUUCGUCACGUACACGGCCCGGAUGGACUGGAAGCGGGCUGCAGAGGAGGCGCAGAAACGCGCGGGACUGCCGCCACUGGGGAGUACUGGGAGCAUGGCCCUCGGACCCAGGCCCGGGCCCGAGAAAGCGGUUGUGUCUUCAGUGGCCACAGGCAGCUCCCCUGGCGUGAUCCUGACGACCUACUCGAGACUCGGGGGCCACCUGGACCUCCUCAGGACUCCAGAAGCAGUCCACACCCUACCCACCCCCGCCAACCGGCUGUCAGCCAAGCAGCUGGCUCUCCGCCGGGGGGCUGCUCUGGGGGUGGCAGUGGGCUCGUUGAUAGUGGGGCUCGUCCUGAGGGUCCUCACUGCCAGGCCCUAGCGAGACAGCUUGAGACAAAAAGGAAGCUGAGAGCGGCUGCUGACCCCAAAUUCAGUGCAGGGGGAUGCCCCGAACCACUCCUCAAGAACAUUCAAGGGACUUCCCUGGUAAUCCAGUGGUUGAGAA